UUCUCCUCUCGCUCGCUCAAAUCUCCUCCGAUCUGUAGCCGACCAAGGAGGAGGAGGAGGAGCCAGCCGCGGCCGCCGCCUUUCUCCCCCCUCACCGCCGCGCGCAGCCGCUCCGGCGACCAGGCCACGCCGCGGGGCGGCAGGAGAUCACCGCCCCCGCACCCUAGCUAGCCUUUUCUCCGGUUCUUGCCCCUCCUCCUCCUCCUCCUCCUCCUAGCGCGGCCGACGAGGAGUGCGGGGGGCGCGACGCCGGCGGUCUCGUCAUCCCGUCGGCCUCCUCCCGUAGCGCCUCGGGUUCAAAUCGAAUUGGAGAGAAAUUUGGGUGGGGGGUUCAGGUGAGCCCCCCUCUCCAUGCCGGACGUCAGGUCAGCCACUGAUCGCCGGGAGAUUGCGAUUCUGAGUUUUCUUGGCUGUGAUCGCUGAUGGCCAACCACGACUUGGUUCUCGGCCACGGCGAGAACCCCGAGUUGGCGCUGGGGCAGAACCACCAUGACUUUGGGCAGGAAGACCACGGGCUAGGGCUCGGGCACAGCCACGAGCUUGGCCUCGGCCACGGCCAUGACCAUGACCUUGUUCUGGGGCAGUCGCACGAGCACGAGCAUGAUCAUGAUCUGGGUCUCGGGCACCACCAUGAUAGCCAGCUGGUUCUAGGGCAUGACCACCAUGGCCACACCAGCGAGCUUGCGUUGGGGCAGGGGCACGAUGACGAUCCGCACUCCCUGGAUGGUCAAGACCAUAAUGGGCUUGCCAUGACGGAGAAUCAUGAGCUGACGCUCACGGAUGCGCAUCACCUUGAUGUCGACCAGAAUAUGGAUCAGCUGUCUCUUGAGCAAGCCCACGAGCUCGCCCUCCAGCCAGCACAUGACUAUUCGCAGGGCCCUCUUGCGGUCGCCCCUGUUGUUCAGUCACGGAAGAUGGUUGUCAGCCCUGAGUUUCAGCUUGCGGUGGGGCAGGAGUUCCCUGAAGUCAUGAGUUGCCGCAGAGCCAUCCGCAACACUGCCAUUGCCUGCCAUUUUGAGAUACAAACGGUGAAGUCUGAUAAGACACGCUUCACUGCUAAGUGUGCUGCUGAGGGCUGCCCAUGGCGCAUUCAUGCUGCUAAGCUCCCUGGUGUGCCCACUUUCUCCAUCCGAACUAUCCAUGACAACCACAGUUGUGUGGGAAUAAACCAUCUAGGCCACCAGCAGGCAUCUGUGCAGUGGGUUGCAAAUACUGUCGAAGAGAGGCUACGUGAGAACCCACACUGCAAGCCCAAGGAAAUUUUGGAAGAAAUCCACAAGUCACAUGGGAUCACGUUAUCCUAUAAGCAAGCAUGGAGAGGGAAGGAGCGGAUCAUGGCAGCAGUUCGGGGGUCUUUUGAGGAAGGGUAUCGGCUCCUUCCUGAGUAUUGUAGGCAAGUUGAAAGAACAAAUCCAGGAAGCAUAGCUCGUGUCUAUGGGAAUCCGGAUGAUAACUGCUUCCGUCGACUCUUCAUAUCAUUCCAUGCAUCAAUAUAUGGUUUUGUGAAUGCAUGCCGUCCACUCAUUGGGCUUGACAGAACCGUUCUAAAAAAUAAGUAUCUCGGCACCUUGUUUCUUGCCACAGGAUUUGAUGGUGAUGGUGCCCUAUUUCCUCUGGCGUUUGGUGUGGUUGAUGAGGAAACUGAUGAGAAUUGGGUAUGGUUUUUGUCUGAGCUGCACGAAUUGCUGGAGAAGAACACAGAAAACAUGCCAAGACUCACUAUAUUGUCUGAUAGACGCAAGGGAAUAAUUGAUGGAGUUGACUUCAAAUUCCCAACUGCAUUCCAUGGGCACUGCAUGCGCAGUCUCAGUGAAACUUUCCGAAAGGAGUUCAAUAACCCAGUGCUUGUCAACCUUCUCUGGGAGGCUGCUAAUGCACUGACUGUGAUAGAAUUUGAAACUAAGUUACUAGAGAUAGAGGACACGUCCCCAGAAGCUGUUUGUUGGAUAAGACGCCUACCUCCUCGCCUUUGGGCCACAGCUUACUUUGAGGGGACACGGUAUGGUCACCUAACAGCAAAUAUCACAGAAUCACUGAAUUCUUGGAUAUUGGAUGCUUCAGGCCUUCCCAUAAUUCAGAUGAUGGAGUGUAUCCGACGCCAAUUAAUGACAUGGUUCAACGAACGGCGUGAAGCAAGCAUGCAGUGGACAACUAUCCUUGUGCCUGCAGCGGAGCGACGUGUGCAAGAAGCAAUUGAGCGUGCACGGGGCUACCAAGUUGCCCGAGCCAAUGAGGCUGAAUUUGAGGUCAUCUCGCCUCAUGAGGGAACUAAUAUCGUGGACAUCCGCAACAGGUGCUGUUUGUGCCGUGGGUGGCAGCUCUAUGGUGUGCCUUGUGCUCAUGGCGUGGCAGCGUUGCUCUCCUGCAGACAGAAUGUCCACCGCUAUACAGAGAGUUGCUUCACCGUUGCGACAUACCGCAAGACGUACUCGCAAACGAUCCACCCUAUCCCAGACAAAACCCUCUGGAACGAAACAUCUGAUCAAGGCCAGGCUGAAGAGACCAAGGUAGACAUAAUCAUCAACCCGCCAAAAUCCCUGAGGCCUCCCGGGAGGCCAAGGAAGAAGAGAAUCCGUGCAGAGGACCGUGGUCGAAUCAAGAGAGUUGUGCACUGUAGCCGCUGCAACCAAACAGGUCAUUUCAGAACUACUUGUGCUGCUCCCAUAUGAAAAAAAAAACCCAAUUCUGUUGUUCUGAAGUAGCUGCAGUUUUUUUUGUGAAAAGUUAGAAGUUAGAGUCUACUAUUCAAACGUCCUCUUUGCAGAUGGGCACCUUGGUCAUACUACAUACUGCUGUUGGUUUAGGUGUAAUUUAAUAAUGUUGACUAUACUAUGUAUGCCAAUCAUAUGCCAUGGUGGACCUGCAUGUGGGCACCAGCUCGUCGGAUCAGACCAAAUCGUAUAGGCUGGUGUUGAGUGAAAAGUAAUUGGCUUAACCCGGUGCAAAGUGAAUUAUUUUGUUAAACCUAGUGCAAAGUGCAUGCCAUUUUCUUUGAAAUAUUAUGUGCUCAACAUGAUGAUUACUCCACCUUAUAUGUGAUACUCUUGAUGUUACAUGG